UACUGAGCUGAAGUCCACGAACAGGAUCCUUGCGUAGGUCCCUGCACUGUUGAGGUGUUCUAGGAUGAAGUGCAGUCCUAUGUUCACUGCAUCAUCCGCAGACCUGUUCGCUCCGGGAGGCAAACUGCAGGGGGUCCAGCAGGGGACCUGUGACGCUCUUGAGGUGGUCCAGCACGAGACGUUCAAAGGACUUCAUGACCACAGAUGUCAAGGCGACAGGCCUGUAGUCAUUUAGACCCGAGAUUACCCGACAAUAAUGUGUUUUCAAGGAAAAGGAUGCAAUAUAGUGAGUGAAGCAGAAGUGAGUCAAACAAAAAUGUCUUAAACCUCAGUCCAUUUGAAAGAGAUUGCUCUACGCACCCCAGCUCAAGCGGUGAAGCACACUAUUUCACUGUCAAUCUCUCCUUGCAUGCCUGCAUGUGUGUGUGAUCUGUUUCUAUGUAUAGUAUACAUAGCAUAGAAGUAUACAUCAGAGAGUGAGUUUAAUUCCCUCAUGUCUGGCUAUUUUUCAUAGUUGUUGUCCAAUUCGCAGAUAUCUACACUACCCUCUUGCGUUCCAAAAGCAAGCUGUUACUUUUGUCCCCUGACUAAAGCUAGCAUUGUUUUCACAAUUCGAGCAGAUUGAGAAACUGUUGCCAGAUGAGUUGUGGCUGACCAGUGGAUAUUGUGAAACCCAUUCUCCUUGUUCUGUAUUUUUACUCACAUAAACUGAUGAUUACCAGGUAGAUUCAAGAAUAUGCACGUGUGUGUUUGUGUGUGCGUGCGAACUAACUGUAUAUGUGCCUUUGCCCAUGCGUGCGUAUGUGUUUGUGUAUGUGUGUGUAUGCGUGCGUGUAUGUGGCCUUGCGGUGUGAUAACUGUCACAAUUCCUGGCAUUGUGUUGAAGCCUUUUGGCCCACAGGAUAGCCCUGGUGGUAUCAUUUUUCACCAUCUUUAUUUUGUCAUUGUUUUUUUUUCGUUUGAUGAAGCCGCCUAUGUGUACAGUUACAGAUUAGCCAUCACUGCACAAAUCUGAGCCAAUCAUUAAUGAUCGAUCAAAGUGUUGGGUCAUUCAUCACACAUUUUGUCUGGGAGGUGACAAUGUGGGAACUUUCAUAACAAUUUGUACACUAUUAUCCUAAUGUGUUUGUAGACACGACAUUUUUCUAAGCCAGUGAAACAUUCAACUUUUAAGUUUGGCUGUGGGGUUUGCCAUGUGACGUUUUGAAUGCUCGUACUUUGAAAUGAAUUGUCUUGUCGCGUUUAGAGGGCAUAUGGUCUCUGAAGUUUACUUUAUAUUUUAUAUUUUUCCUUUUGCAGUGUGCAUUUGUGGUUGUGUAAAGGUAAAGGCCUAAUUCAUGGUUUUCAUGAAUACCUUUGCCUAUGCAAUGACAGCUGGAGGAUAAAUACCGUAAUUUCUCGUGUAUAAUGCGCACCCAUGUAUAAUACACACCCUCUAAAAAUUUUGGGAAACCCUUCUACCUAUGUAUAAUGCAUUUUUACAAUGCUUGAUUUUGCUUCUACCCGUAUGAUCAAAACAUGAAAUAUUAUCUGUAUUUUGUUAGUUUUUUUCAAAGAAUUAUUCUGAAGUUGAGCACUUUAUUUGAACACGUGAUGCUUUUUGGAAUUUACUUGCUCUUAUUUUGAAAUUCACAGCCCUACUUUUAUUUAGUAAAUUAGAAAACACACAGUUGUGCUCAUAUGUUUGAUUAUCCAGGUUUCAUCACUCUACCGUUCUGACAACAGCUACAUCCACAACCUGUGGCCUUACUGCGCUCAACCAAACCCCACCCGCCUAUUCUUCUCAUAAAAGACGUACCUCACCCAUGACCAGUCAAUGAGUCUUCCUCAAGAUAGACAAUAUAUUAUAAACAACACAAUUGAGCUGAGCGCAACUCAUUUUGACCAUUUGUUAAACAGAAACAGUAUUUUGGAGACUGGAGAAAAAACUAUAAAUGGGUCAUAGUUUUACUUUUUCCAAAACAUUCUCCUUCUUGUUCAUCUCGAAACACUGAAACAGGCUCACCUUCAGUCAGGGAUGUAUUAAGUUUCUGGGCAUGCAUAGGCAUACCUGAACAGUAAUGGUAGAACACAGCUGUUUAGUAGCAUCUGCGUAUAACAAUACAACACACUGUACAUUGUACAUCCUAUUUUAUCCAGUGGAGUUGCAUAGUCUUCAUUCGGGGUAUUCAAAAGUCUGAUUCGUCAGUGAAUAUAAGUAAGGAUUCUUUGCAAAAUACCAUUCCCAAAUCUUACGGGUGGGUAUAAAUAUCAAUUCAUCAACGCAUUGAAAUACUCCCCCCCCCCACCAUUGUAUGUACCGAAGCCGCACUUGACCAAACAACAACAAAAUUGUGAUUAAAGUAAGCCGCAGCAGCGGCGUGAAGCGAGCGAGUUAUACUUUUAAGUCUGACAUUUGGGGUCAUUUUGGUAUUCUCCGAAAGACACGCCAACCAUGAUACACAAUCUUCUUCUUUUCCUUUGAGCUUCUCCCGUAAGGGGUCGCCACAGCGUGUCAUCCUUUCCCAUGUAAGCCUAUCUCCUGCAACACCAACUGCCCUCAUGUCUUCCCUCAUGACAUCAAUCAACCUUCUCUUUGGUCUUCCUCUAGCUCUCUUGCCUGGCAGCUCCAUCCUCCUCAUCUUUCUACCAAUGUACUCACUCUCUCUCCUCUGGACGUGUCCAAACCAUCGAAGUCUGCUCUCUCUAACUUUGUCUCCAAAACAUCUAACCUUGGCCGUCCCUCUGAUGAGCUCAUUUCUAAUUUUAUCCAACCUGGUCACUCCUAGAGUGAACUUUAACAUCUACUGGCCACUCAUGCCAGAGUAGCAUCUGCUCCAUUUGCAAACUGACUGAGGAGUAUCUGCAACAUUUGCAAAAUCAACAUUGUCAACAAGAUUAUUGCACUACUCGCUUGAAGUCUCGGCGCCCUUUGCACAAUGGUCAUUGCACCGGACUAUUGCAAUAUUACUCAUUCGAACUGCUCUAAGUCCUAGAGGAUUCUGCAUCUUUUUGCACAAUUGUCAAAAAUAAAUAAAUAAAUAUGUAACGGCAUUACCAGAUAACUAGCAACCCUUUAUUGCUCAGUGACUGUUUUUCUUUUUGUUGUUGUCAAUGUCUUUAUGUCUCAAAAGUGUUCUCUGUCAAUUGACUGUCUGUUGCCGUACAAGAGCGGCUCCAAUUACCUGAGACAAAUUCCUUGUGUGUUUUUUGGACAUACUUGGCAAAUAAAGAUGAUUCUGAUUCUGAUUCAUUUCCACCACCUCCAGCUCUGCUUCCUGUUGUCUCUUCAGUACCACUGUCUCUAAUCCGUACAUCAUGGCUGGCCCCACCACUCUCUUAGAAACUUUGCCCUUCAUCCUGGCAGAGACUCUUCUAUCACAUAACACACCUGACACCUUCCUCCACCCGUUCCAACCUGCUUGGACCAGUUUCUUCACUUCCUGACCACGCUCACCAUUGCUCUGGACUGUUGACCCCAAGUAUUUAAAGUCCUUCACCCUCGCUAUCUCUUCUCCCUGUAGCCUCACUCUUCCCCCUCCACCCCUCUCAUUCAUGCACAUAUAUUGUCUUACUUCGGCGAGUACUCAUUCUUCUCCUUUCCAGUGCAUUCCUCCAUCUUUCUAACUGUUCCUCCACCUGCUCCCUGCUUUCACUGCAGAUCACAAUGUCAUCUGCAAACAUCAUGGUCCACGGGGAUUCCAGUCUAACCUCAUCUGUCAGCCUAUCCAUCACCACUGCAAACAGGAAGGGGCUCAGGGUUGAUCCCUGAUGCAGUCCCACCUCCACCUUAAAUUCGUCUGUCACACCUACAGCACACCUCACCACUGUUCUGCUGCCCUCGUACAUGUCCUGUAUUAUUCUAACAGACUUCUCUGCCACUCCAGACUUCCGCAUGCAGUAUCACAGUUCCUCUCUGGGUACUCUGUCAUAGGCUUUCUCGAGAUAUACAAAGACACAAUGUAGCUCCUUCUGACCUUCUCUGUACUUUCCCAUCAACAUCCUCAAGGCAAAUAAUGCAUCUGUGGUACUCUUUCUAGGCAUGAAACCAUACUGUGGCUCGCAAAUAGUCACUUCUGUCCUUUAUUCCUCUAUAGUUCCCACAGCUCUGCACAUCACCCUUGUUCUUGAAAAUGGGCACCAGCACACUUUUCCUCCAUUCAUCAGGCAUCUUCUCACCCGCGAGAAUUCUGUUGAACAAGCUCGUCAAAAACUCCACAGCCACCUCUCCAAGAUGCUUUCAUAUUUCCACAGGAAUGUCAUCAGGACCAACUGCCUUUCCAUUUUUCAUACUCUUCUAUCUUUCUAACUUCCCCUUCCUAGUGAUUGCCACUUCCUGGUCCACCACACUUGGCUCUUCUACUCUUCCUUCUCUCUCAAUUUCCUCAUUCGUCAACUCCUCAAAGUAUUAUUUGCAUCUGUCCAGCACACUACUGGCACCUGUCAACAUAUUUCCAUCUCUAUCCUUAAUCACCCUAACCUGCUGCACAUCCUACCCAUCUCUAUCCCUGGCCAACCUGUAUAGAUCUUUUUCUCCUUCUUUAGUGCCCAACCUGGCAUACAUGUCAUCAUAUGCCUUUUGUUUGGCCUUUGCCCUACGUCACAUCUCAAUGUAUUCCUUUCUCCUCUCCUCAGUCCUUUCAGUGUCCCACUUCUUCUUAGCUAACCUCUUUCCUUGUAUUAUUUCCUGUACUUUGAGGUUCCACCACAAAGUCUCAUUCUUUCCUUUCCUGCCAGAAUAUACACCAAGUACUCUCCUGCCUGUCUCUCUGAUCCCCUUGGCUGUAGUGGUCCAGUCUUCUGGAAGCUCCUCCUGUCCACUGAGAGCCUGUCUCACCUGUUCCCGAAUAGCCACACAGCACUCUUCCUGUCUCGGCUUCCACCACAUGGUUCUCUGCUCUGCCUUUGUCUUUUUAAUGUUCCUCCCCACCACCAGAGUCAUCUUACACACCACCAUCCUAUGCUGUCUAGCCAUGCUCUCCCCUAACACUAACUUACAGUCGGUAAACUCCUUCAGAUUACAUCGUCUGCACAAGAUGUAAUCCACCUGCGUGCUUCUACCUGCGCUCUUGUAGGUCACCCUAUGUUCCUGCCUCUUCUGGAAAAAAAGUGUUUACUACAGCCAUUUGCAUCCUUUUUGCAAAGUCUACCACCAUCUGUCCCUCCAUGUUCCUUUCCUGGAUGCCGUAUUUACCCAUCGCUUCUUCAUCACCCCUAUUUCCUUCACCAACAUGUCCAUUACAAUCUGCACCAAUCACGACUCUCUCUCUGUCUGGGAUGCUCAGAACUACUUCGUCUAGCUCCUUCCAGAAUUUCUUUCGCCUCUAGGUCACAUCCAACCUGUGGUGCAUAGCCACUAAUCACAUUAUACAUAACACCCUCAAUUUCAAGUUUCAGCCUCAUCACUCGAUCUGGUACUCUUUUCACCUCCAAGAUAUUCUUAGCCAACUCUUCUUUUUAAAUAAUCCGACUCCAUUUCUCUUCCCAUCUACACCAUGGUAAAAUAAUUUAAACCCUGCCCCUAAACUUCUAGCCUUACUCCCUUUCCACCUGGUCUCCUGGACACACAAUAUAUCAACCUUUCUCCUAAUCAGCAUGUCAACCAACUCCCGAGAUUUUCCUGUCAUAGUCCCAACAUUCAAAGUCCCCACAUUCAAUUCUAGGCUCUGUGCUUUCCUCUUCUCUUUCUCCCAAAGAACCCGCUUUCCACCUCCCUUUCGUCUUCGACCCACAGUAGCUGAAUUUCCAAAGGCGCCCUGCAGGUUAACGGUGCCGGUGGCGGACGUUGUUAACCCGGGCCACAACCGAUCCGGUAUGGAAUUCUUGAGAUGAAUACUCAUAUUUGUUUGCCAAAGUUUUAAGCCGGAUGCCCUUCCUGACGCAACCACAUUUAUCCAGUCUUGGGACCAGCCUCGAGUUUGCACUGGCUUGUGCCACCCAUAGGGCUGCAUUCAACCAUGAUACACAAUACGACACAAAAACAUGUCAGAAGUCGCUGUAAGCAGAGUUAAAGACAGCGGUUUUGGUGUUGUUGACGUCGGCAGAAAGAGCGACUGACCCCUACGUACUGUACUUAACUAUCACUUCUCAUUGCAUUUAUAAGAAGUGGGAAUUAGUGUCAAAUGUUCUGCUGACAACACCCCCCUACACAGAAGCCACACAGGAGGUAAUAUAGCGAACUUGUUGACAAAUGCAUUUAAUGAAUGGGGCUUGACAAAGAAUGUCCCAGCAAUAGUGCAGCAAUGCUGCAAACAUGCUCCUUAAUUGGGUCUUACUUAGAAACCCUGCAAAUAAUAAUAGUAACCCUAACCCUAAUAAAUAAAUAUUAAGUAUACAAUAGAUGCACUUUACUUUUUCAACACAGAGCUGCCAUCAUGUGUUUACUUUUGUACUCCAUAUGCACAAAUACGUUAUUGUGCACUUUUUGUUUUUAUUACAAUUUUUAAGCAGUGAUAAACAUUAAGUUUACAUGCACUUUACCUUUUCAGUGUUUAUACUCAACUGUCUUGUUUAUUACUUUUACUUUGUACAAAUAUGUUUUGUGCAAUAUUUUUAUUUCCUGAUGUUUUAGUCCUUAAAAAAUGUGAUGUGUGCCAUAUGUUUACAUGGCAUCAACAAUAAAUAUUUCAAAAUUGUCAUAAUUUACUCUUAUUUGUGUAUUUCUGCUUCUUACUGAAUCAAUAUCGAAUCAUUUAAAUCAAUAUUGAAUCAAAAUGCAACCUAAAGAAUUACUAUCGAAGUGAAUUGCAACCUAAAGAAUUUAAAUAGAAUUGAAUCAUGAUUUUCUUAAUGAUGCCAACACCUACCAAAUACUGGCCUAUUAAGUAUACAGCAAAUAGUCAUUUUUGCAGGUCAAUGUGAAAAAAGCGAUCUAUUUUUUUUUUACUCUGUUGUUGUCAUGCAUGAUGCAAUGCAGCCCUUCAUUAUUUUUUCCUUGCCACAACUCCUUUCAAAGUAUGUUUUCAAUUGAAAAUAAUAAUGGGUAGCACAAUGGCCUAGUGCAGGGGUGUCAAACCCAUUUUUGUCACAGGCCACGUUGUAGUUACGGCUACCCUCAGAGGGUCAUUAUAUAUGACCAUGAAACCAUAUACAUGAUUAUCCAUCCAUCCAUCCAUUUUCUGAGCCGCUUCUCCUCACUAGGGUCGCGGGCGUGCUGGAGCCUAUCCCAGCUGUCAUCGGGCAGGAGGCGGGGUACACCCUGAACUGGUUGCCAGCCAAUUGCAGGGCACAUAGGAACAAACAACCAUCCACACUCACAG